GAGAGAGACCAUAACACGCAGUAAGGAUGUCUUUAUAUAGAGACCGCGAAAUCUUCAUGUAGAGACUACAAGACCGGUGGUUUGAGGUGUGGUUUGGUGGCUGAGGCACCUGAGCUCGUGUUAGGUAGGAAAGGAGGAGGUGGGUUCAUGGAGGAACUCUUCAUCAUCUCCGGGAACUUUUUGGUGCAGGUCACGUAUGGGGUGUACAUGGUGUUCCUGAAUGGCGUCUUUAAUGCCGGCGUCAACCCGUUGUUCCUCGUUGUCUUCGGGAACUCGGUCACCGCCGUCGUCCUCCUCCCCUUUGCCCUAGCUUUCGAGAAGAAGAAAUGGCCGAGCAGGUUGAGUGCCACGCUGUUGUCUCAUUUUCUUCUGCUUUCCUUGGGAGGGGUGACCUUAUUUCAAGCUCUAAUGUUGGUGGGAAUCAAGAAAGCAUCUCCAGAUGUUGCCUCUGCAAUGCCUAACUUGACUCCUGGUCUCAUCUUCAUAAUUUCAGCCUGCCUCAGGUUUGAGAAGUUUGAUGCAUGUUGCUGGUACAGUAGAGCCAAGAUCAUGGGGACUCUGGUGUGCUUGGCUGGGGUAUUCACAAUGUGCUUCUUGCAGGGCACAUCUGAGACACCAAGGUUGGCAAACAAUUGGUCAUUUCUCUUGGCUAAGCCCUUGACAUUGGACAAGGCCAUCAACAGAGACUGGGUGCUUGGCUGCUUCUAUCUUUUGGCAGGGGUUUUUAUCUUGUCCUGCACCACUGUUCUGCAGGCUGCAACCAUGCUAAAAUUUCCAGCACCCUUGUCCUUGGUUGUCAUAACCUCUGUGAUGGGCUCCUCUCUCACUGCACUGCUGCAGCUCAUAACUGAAGGCAAGAUCAGUGUUGGUCCUACCACCAUGAGCAUCACAAGCAUUGUGGCAAUUGUGCUUCUGGGUGGAGUUGUGAUGGGCACAUGCAUGGCAUUCCAAGGCUGGUGCAUCACUAAGAAGGGUCCAGUCCUGGUUUCCAUCUUCUGCCCCAUCCAAACAGUCAGCACUGUUGUUGUUUCAGCUGCACUCUUAGGACAGAUCAUUAGCCUCGGAAGCCUAGCAGGAAUAGUCCUCAUGUUUGCAGGACUGUACAUUGUUUUGUGGGCAAAGAAGAAUGAAACUUUCAGCAUGCUUUAUGUGGAUGCUGAGCCAGAGGUGCUUGUUGAAGAUGUUGAGAAGCCACUGCUGUCUUAACUCCAGGGGCAAGUAGAACUAGUGUGAGAUAUGCACUAACUCAGUCAUAAAAUGCAGAGUCCAUGAGACCUGCUUUGACAAGGUUCUGCCUUGAUGGAGAAGAAGAAUGAACCAUACCUUAUCUGAUGUACUCAGAGCACCACCAUCAUGUAAAGUCUAGCUUCUUUAUGCAAAUCAUAUGAUAGUUUAGCUAGUGAUCUAAGAUUGGGCUAUCAAAUGAUUUGCCACGAAGAUUAUGGGUUGCCACAUGGCGGGCGCCUCCACCGCCGCCAGCCUCUAGCGCCCUUGCGCGUCGAUCGUGCCACUGAAAAGCCGCCGCCCUGGAUCGCGGCAUGCCGUCUUUGCAUGGUGGGAACAGCGGCAUCGCGGACACGGGGGCGGCGGAGGAAAUGCUGCCCUCUGAGGGGGUUGAGGAAGGAGUGCAUGAAGGGCAAAGGUGGCCUUGAGAACGAGGGGUGCGGCGGCGGAGAUCCGCGAGGCAGGAAACCGCCUCUGGCUCGGCACGUUGAAGACGGCGCUGGAGGCGGGCGUCUGUGGCCGGCUUCUAGGAACACGAAUCAUAAAGCUAUCGGACAUGACCAAAACAAACGGCCCAUGAUUCACUGCCGGCAAAACAAAUGGGCCGGAUUGGGUUGGGUCGAACAAAAUCGAGCUCAACACAGACUCAACGCAAACAUGUUGACUUGACCCAAUCUUCGUCAUUUUAGCCCAUAAGAAAUCUUUGACCCAAUUUGCACAGUAGGUAGGUUGCAAUGAAUGUUUUACGUUUAUAUCAGCAUAAGGAGAA